CUGAAGAAGGAAGUCUGUCUCUCCGACUCUCUCUCACGAACUCCUCAGUCCUCGUCUUGCAUUCGACGAUGAAGAGACCUAAUUCUUUCCUCGUGUGCCUUCUCCUCUCUCUCUCUAUUCUUCUUCCUCUCUUCACUACUUUCUCUGCAGCUGAUUCCCACUUUGAAGGAUUUGAAGCCGACGAAAACGACGACGAAUCGUUCGAUUACAGUGACUCCUCCGAUCUUCCUCCCCGCACAAGAGUCCCUCCAGUAGCCCUGUCUGCUUCAGUCCCCGAUCCUGUAUCAGAUUCGGAUCCUCAUUCCCCACCCGAACCCGACUCCGAUUCUGCAUCCCAGUCUCCUCCUCCGACUAAAACAACAACAGCAUCUGCCUUCGAUUACUGGGACGAGGACGAAUUUGAAGGUCUGCCUCCUCCAGAAUCGAUCCUCGGAGACUCCAAAUUUACCGAUGAUUCCACUCCCGCCGAAGAGCCCAAAACGACGGAGCUGAACUCCCGGAACGACACCAGUACCGCGGCUGCCGGGACUACGAAGCCGAAAUCAAUUUUAUCUUACAAGGUCGAAAUCGUUUGUGUAUCUUUCUUGAUCAUUUUUGCUAUCAACUACUUCACCGGGAAAACAGAGAACGAGAACCUUGCUUUGGCAUGGGCAGCGAAGUUUGCCACUAAGGACUCCAUAUUUGAGAAGAACUUUAGCUUAUUGGGGGUCGGCGAGGGUGAUGACUCGCCAUUGUUGCUUAAAGAGGGGCAUAAUGUGUUUAAGUUUUAUGCAAGCGGUCGCAGGUAUUGUCAGGGGCUGCUGGCGACUAUGGAGUUGAAGAGCAGACACGAUCUGAUGGCGAGGUUGUACAAUAUGAUCGUUCCCUGCAGGGAUGAGAUAACUUUCGACGUUUACAUGAAUGAGGAUGUCAUGGAUCACGUGGUUUUUGCAUUGGUCAAGAAAAAAGCAGCCAAAACGAUGCAGAAGGAGAUGAGAGACUUGCAAAGGUUUGCAGGAAUCCUGGCGGCUCCCCCUGGAAGUGGAGUGAGGAAGUGGGUGACAGAAGACUUGUCCGUGAUCUCAGAGUCAAAGGAGGUCGCGGGGGAUUUGAUCACUGAAGCUGUGCUUGACCAGGUUUUUGGCGAAAAAGCUUUUGGGAAGUAUGGCAAAGAUUUCAUCUCAAUGCAUUUCUCUGAUCAACACUCUGGCACACACAAGAAAGUACUGCAAUUCAAGUAUGCCCUCCCGGAUGCCAGCCACAUGGCUGAUAUGACUCGUUUAGUGGCUCUCAUACCCUAUUACAUUGAUUUAAUAGGGCGGUACAAGCUUAGCUCAACGGCCCGGUCUAAACCAGAGGCAGCCAGAUUGAAGGCUGCUCAGGAGGCAUACAAAGAACUUCAGAAUGCUAGGCAAGAGGCCUUGCAGAAGAAGAAAGCAGAUAGUAAAAAGAUGAUGGAGGAGGCCGAGGCAAAACUUAGUGCAGAGGCUGUUCGCAAGAAAGAAGCGAAAGAGCGAGCACGUCAGAUGAAGAAAGGAAUGCCUAAAAUAAAGAUGACCCGUGCCCACUAGCUUUUCAUGUCAUUGGCUAGUGUCAUGAACUUAGCUGUUACUAGUUCUUCCCUUUACCCAAGUUGUAGGUGGGUUUCAUGUGCUUUCAGUAAGUUCUGGUUGAUCUACCCUGAUAGCGACUUGACUUUCAAAGGUUGUACGUCUUAUUUCAGCCUAUUCAAGUCCAAACCAUUGAGACCCCUUAGAGGUUCUAACCA